AGUAUUACAGGGUACGUGUUCUGUUGUUGUUUGUGUGUUUGUGUUUUGUUGGUUGAUUGUGUGACCUUUUGGGGAACUUCAUGCUUUGGUGUUGCUGUCAGCUUUUUCACUAUUGCUCAUUAAAUACAUUUCCAGCAGUGUAUAAUAUUUUACUUAAAUGGAAUUAUUUUCAAACUGGGUGGUGUCAGGACUUCUGUAGCAGCAAAGAAGAUGCAAACUAGGCUCAUAUGCAUCUUUUUGUUCUCUUUCCCUUCAUAUGAUAGUUAUUAAUCCAAAGCUAAACUAAAUACAGCCGUUGACUAUUGGACUAAAACUAGUCGUGAUAGAAAGAAAUAUCAAUAGUACAUCAUCUGUUUUCCUAGUAUUGUCUUGAUUUAGUUGAAGAUAUUUCCAAGACUGGCUCAAUGGGACAUCAACAGAAGAAAGCAGCUAGUGAACUGGGAGACAGAGGAAUAUGUUGACAGGUUGUACAGUCACCAUAUGAGUAACUUAACUAUGAAGUUAAGUUUUUAGCCUGAGAUAAUUUUGGGGAAAGGGUAGAAGGCUUUCCAAAUUCAUGUCAGUUGUUGGAUGGUAGAAAGAUGGUAGGAAAUGAAUGGAUUCAAAUUAAUUCCUGUUUUAAUGUGAGCAUCUAAUCAGGUAAGCCACUUGAACUGGACAGUUGCAGACUGUAAGGUGCCUUACUUUACUGCUAGCCAGUCUGAUUUGAAGUAUGACCACCACAGGAGAGAGCAAACAGUUGCUGCUAAUGGUGAGCCAGAGGUCACCACUGCUGCCAGUGGUUACUUGCUGUCCCUCACCGUCUAGAUAGAGAAGUCUGGAAGUGCCUGACUUUGACAGCUUGCAGGCUGGGAGGAGGUUGGAAGACCAUAGCUGGGGAUCUGUGAUUCCUCACCCACUGACUGUCAUGGUCUGGAGAGAGAAAGCCCUGGUUAUUUUUUGCAUUUUUUGUCUUAUUGUUGGAUUGGCUGUUUGUUUCAAUGUCUGUAUUAAUUUUGAAUGCCUAUUAGCUUUUGUUCAACCCUUUAGUCAUAAAUUCCUUGUAUUCUUAAGCUUCAUCUGUAUAUGUAUGCAUACACAAAUAACAUUAUUUCUUCCAGUUUUUCAUAUCUCUGUAUUUUAAUGGACAGUAAAUUCAGUGUCUGUUGUUUUUGCAAUGUUUUUCCCUUCACUUCUUUUGCUGACAUGCACAACACAGACUUUCAUUAGUUAUUUUACUUCUUUUUCUUCAGUUUGGCUUUUGCAUUUCUUUUCUGUGCUCGCAUAUGACUUCUGUUUAUGGCUUGAAUUCAGUACAUUGACAGAUGUCUGCAGUAUGUGUUGGCCUGUUAAUAUUCAUAAUCAACUGUAUCAGCCUGUUUAAAACUGAAAGGAAGUAUUUUUAGCUGCGUUACAUCCUUUGCAAAAUCUUUGAGGAGCAUUGCUGUUGGUUGCUUUUCUUUCUUCCUCCCUCCCACCCCCAGAUUUUGGUAGUUUGUGAUGCUAAAUAACUGAAGGCCAAAGUUCAUAACAAGUGGUUGCCUGAGUGUAGAAGAAGGGGGCUCCAAGGAGAUGGUUGGCUGAGUACAGCUCAGCUCAUGCACUGAUUGUGAGUCAGUGCUUGUGAAAACAGUGUCUGCAGUAUGCAGAGCCUGACUGAAUCCUGGCUUAACUGCAUCUCCUUGGCUGUAGGCUUCCAGAGUCCUCUGUUGGUAUCAGGAGGAGGAAGGAGGGCCAGGAGAUAAUAAUGUGCCUGACAUGAAGAAGCUGAGCUGGUGUCCAGUAGCACAAGGGUCUGUGAAUGUGCUCACCUGACCAGGAGGGAUUCGUUUCCUCUGCCCUGAAGGCUGUAGCUCCCAAGAACAGGCAGAAAAUAGGCCCUAUUCAUCUGCUGUAUGUCCAUGCAAUUUUUUCCUCUUUAAUUCUCAAAAUUAACAGGUUGCCCAACUACUUUUAGAUAUGUCUGUGUUAUAUGAAAGGGAAUUCGAUGAGUCUCCACGUCCUUUAAAUUAGAAUUUCAAGAAUUUGGAAAGGAAUGUUGCAAAAUCCUUCUCAGUACUGGAGAUCUUCAAUUGAAACACGAUUUAAAGGAAAUCACAGAGCCCUGUGCUGCCCUAUGAUUUCUUUUGUAGGACGUUGUAUAGCUAUCAGGUCAGAUAUUAUAAUUGGCCAUCUCAUCACUUUUCAGCAGGAGACUGUACUUCAGAAAGUUAAUAAAACCUUGAGGUGAAAUGAUUUUAUCAGAAUGAGACAGCAGUCUGUCUUGAUGGAUUCAUCAUUGGACUAAUACACUCAUGGAAAUGUAAAGACUCAGGCAUACUGUCUAGCUUGCAAGGAAUAACUUCAUUUUCUGUUUCACGUGAUAGAAAUAUUAAGUGAUUUACCCAUGCAUGUUGUUCCUAAAGAAUAGCUUCUUAAGCAGGUGUUGCAUGCUCUUCUACCUCACCAAGCCUGUGUUCAUAAACAAAACAAAUCGGCAAGUCUCCUUCUUUCUUUGCUGGGCUUUAAUCUGCUUUGGUUCAUUUUUUUCCCCCAGUCCUUCUGAGUUUUUGCUUUGGUUUAGUUGCUAACUCGUUGCUGCUCAUCUCAUCAUCUGGAUGCAAGCCUCAGGCUUGCAGAUUGUAGUUUGCAGAAACAGCCCUUUCCCCUCUGUUUUGAAGUUGGGUAUUAAAGCAUCUUCCAUUUCUUGUAUUCCUGCAAUCACUUUGAGAAGCUCCAUGUGCCUGAUAUGAUCCUGUGCCUUAGGUUGUUUCAUGUCUCUCUCCUCCUGCCUUUCAUCAGGCCAGCUGAAAAAUGGUCUGGCUGCGUCGUUUAUAAGUGCAAUAAAAGCUCCUGCCAGUUUCCUUUGCCAGAAGUUUCACUUUCUGGUUGUUUUCCUGUUCGUGUUUAGUUGGUUCCAAUUAGCUAUCAGCAUUAGCUUUUCAUUUCAUUUUGUACUGUGGAAUACUUUGGAACUAACUGUGGGUGCCUGGUGCCUGUGGGUGCUGGCAGGGGAGCUGAGAAUGCUGUCUGCAGCUCGGUGCUGGCAGGAGAUAUCCCAGAAGAAGGCAGAAGGGACUGGCAAAGCUGAACGAUGAUCUCCUGAGAAAAGAGCAGCAGCUGGCAGGAAGCGUUGGAUGGUUUAAACGUGCCUAUGAGGCUGCAGCAGGAAUGACUUGUCUCCUUCCUUCCCCCCUCUGCUUCUCUGCUAAAAGGAUUCAUGUUAGGUUUUGCCUGUGAGGUAUGUUAACCAUUUCAUUUUGGGGAAAAAAAAGGAGACUCUCUUGCUUGGUACAAUUUGACUGGAGUUUCUAGGAGUACAGUGAAUGAUAAAUAAUUAAAAAUUAGUAAACCUAACAAGAUGUUAGGAAGAAUUCUUUUUCCUCCCCUUGGCUGCACCUGUGGCUUAUUGUAGCAGAUUUUAGCAAUCCUGCCUUAACUUCUGUUGGGUUUGAGACGACGGGCUCAGUUGUUUUGCAGUAGCAAUUAAUGGAGAAGAUAAGGGCUGGCUGUCCUGAAUUAGCCCUGGAAAAUGUUGUUUGUGUGUUUGAGAUGAGUCAGGAGCAAAAGCGCCAGGUUGCAAUAACGAUGCCAAUUUUGAGCACAAUAAAACAAGCACAGGAAGGUGCUGCUCUUUGCACCUGCUGCCAGCCUGCCUGGGGAAGCUUCCUGAAGGAGGGUGAGAAGCAGAGGCAUUGCAGUGCCUGUUGUUGGGCUGCAAGGCCUGCUGUGCUGCUAUGAAGCAUACCUCUGUGGAUGGAUACACUGAACCCCACGUCCAGCCUAUCAAGUCCAGUAGCAGACAGAACAUCCCCCGAUGUAGGAACUCAAUUACGUCUACAAAUGAGGAGCAUCCUCACAUUGGAAAUUAUCGCUUACUGAAAACAAUAGGAAAAGGAAAUUUUGCCAAAGUGAAGCUGGCAAGACAUGUUCUUACUGGAAGGGAGGUUGCUGUGAAAAUAAUUGAUAAAACCCAGCUAAAUCCUACUAGUCUGCAAAAGUUGUUUCGAGAAGUACGAAUAAUGAAGAUACUGAAUCAUCCCAAUAUUGUGAAAUUAUUUGAAGUCAUUGAAACUGAAAAGACAUUGUAUUUGGUAAUGGAAUAUGCCAGCGGGGGAGAAGUGUUUGACUACUUAGUUGCACAUGGAAGAAUGAAAGAAAAAGAAGCUCGUGCAAAAUUCAGGCAGAUUGUAUCUGCAGUGCAGUACUGUCAUCAGAAAUGCAUAGUUCAUCGUGAUCUUAAGGCAGAAAACCUUCUACUUGAUUCAGAUAUGAACAUUAAAAUUGCAGACUUUGGGUUUAGUAAUGAAUUUACAGUUGGUAAUAAACUGGACACAUUUUGUGGAAGCCCACCUUAUGCUGCUCCUGAACUUUUCCAAGGAAAGAAAUAUGAUGGUCCUGAAGUGGAUGUGUGGAGUCUUGGAGUGAUAUUGUACACACUAGUAAGCGGAUCAUUGCCAUUUGAUGGUCAGAAUCUAAAGGAAUUGAGGGAGCGAGUACUGAGGGGGAAGUAUCGUAUUCCGUUCUAUAUGUCCACAGACUGUGAAAAUCUACUUAAGAAGCUACUAGUACUGAAUCCAAUAAAACGAGGCAGCUUGGAACAAAUUAUGAAGGAUCGGUGGAUGAAUGUUGGCCAUGAAGAGGAAGAAUUGAAGCCAUAUACCGAGCCUGAACCAGACUUUAAUGACACCAAGAGAAUAGACAUUAUGGUAACAAUGGGUUUUUCAAGAGAAGAAAUCCACGAGUCUUUAGUAAACCAAAAGUACGAUGAAGUCAUGGCUACUUAUUUGCUUCUAGGUAGAAAACCACCUGAAUUUGAAGGAGGUGACUCCCUAUCCAGCAGCAACUUGGGUCAAAGAUCUCGUCCUAGCAGUGACCUCAACAACAGCUCUGUGCAGUCUCCUGCUCACUUGAAGGUCCAAAGGAGUAUAUCUACCAAUCAGAAACAACGGCGGUUCAGUGAUCAUGGUGGGGAUGACAUUCCAACAAUUGGUCCAUCAAUUCCUCCUACUGUAUCAUACACAAAAAGGGCUCAGGCAAACAGUGUGGAAAGUGAACAGAAAGAAGACUGGGACAAAGAUGUGUCACGCAAACUUAGCAGCACAACAGUGGGAUCCAAAGGAGAGAUGGCUGCAAGUCCACUUGUGGGUCCAGAAAGAAAGAAAUCAACUGCAGUUCCCAGUAACAAUGUAUUUUCUGGAAGUGGAAUGACAAGAAGGAACACUUACGUUUGUGAACGUUCUUCAGAUCGCUAUUCUGCAAUACAGAAUGGGAAGGACAACAGCCUAACAGAAAUGUCUGCAAGUAGCACAUCUUCUGCAGGCUCUGCAGUAGCUUCUGCUGUGUCAACACGGCCUCGACAUCAGAAGUCUAUGUCUGCCUCUGGUCACCCUAUAAAAGUCACACUGCCAACCAUCAGAGAUGGCACUGAAGGUUACCGACCAAGCAGUGCAACUCAAAGAGUGCCUGCUGCUUCCCCGUCUGCUCAUAGUAUUAGCACUACCACUCCAGACCGAACCCGCUUUCCUCGGGGGAGUUCAAGUCGAAGCACUUUCCAUGGUGAGCAGCUAAGGGAGCGGCGUAAUGCCACUUACAAUGGACCACCUGCCUCACCAUCACAUGAAACCGGUGCUUUUGCACAUGCUAGAAGAGGGACAUCAACUGGUAUAAUAAGCAAGAUAACUUCCAAGUUUGUUCGCAGGGAUCCAAGUGAAGGCGAAGCCAGUGGCAGAACUGACACCUCAAGGAGUGUUUCUGGAGAGCCGAAAGACAGAGAGAAGGAGGAUAGCAAAGAUUCGAAGCCACGUUCCUUGCGGUUCACGUGGAGUAUGAAGACCACCAGUUCUAUGGACCCGAACGAUAUGAUGAGAGAGAUUCGGAAGGUGUUAGACGCUAAUAACUGUGAUUAUGAACAAAAAGAGAGGUUUUUGCUCUUCUGCGUUCACGGUGAUGCGCGACAAGAUAGCCUUGUUCAGUGGGAGAUGGAGGUCUGCAAACUGCCGCGAUUGUCACUCAAUGGAGUUCGUUUCAAGAGAAUAUCUGGAACUUCUAUUGCAUUUAAGAACAUUGCAUCCAAGAUAGCAAACGAGCUUAAGCUGUAAAGAGAAAUUAAAUUUUUUGGGAUCAGGGAAGAUUCGUACACGAUCUACACUUUGAAUGUACUGGUUACGCCUAACGUGAUUGGCCUGUGAAACUCCCAUGUAGAAAUUGCCCUUAUUGCAAUAAGGUUAUACAUAGUUAUUCAGAAUUGUAAAGUUAAAUCCAGUAUGACCUAUAUUAAAUAACUAGCUAAAGAAGUUAUGUUCACAUGUACAGGUAAGUAUAUAGAGCAUUCUGUUCAUUUUAUGUUCAUAGGGUUGUAUAAUAAAAAGAUGACUGCUUAAAUUCAGAUCUUGUAUAGUUGUCUAGAUUUCUGCACAGAAAUGUAUGUUUGAUGCUUUGAGUUGGAGAAGUUCUUCCCUAUCAUUUACAUUUUUGGUGGUUUUUAUAAGUCUUACCUCUAUCAUGCGUUUUUAAAAAAAAAAAAAAAAAAAGAAACAAAAAACUUGUGUCCUGAGUCAAAUGCACAAAUGUAGUUUUCACAACUGUAGCAUGACCAUUUUUAUUUAAAGGUUGUUCAUCAUUUGAACCCAGAGUCGAUGGAUGAAUUGGCUUUAGUUCCACACAAGACUGUUCCUGCUUACCUUUGGCUCUUAUCCUUGUUAUUGGACAGUGUUGAGUUGAAAGAUACGAACAUGUUUACAGUGUUGGCACUUACAGUUUAAAACCUUUGUUUUGCCUUGGACUGGCUCAGAGCUAUGGGGGAACAGAAACCAGGCGUGAUGUUUUGUCUGCAAAUGAUAGUGCUUGCUCCCGUGGCCCAUUAACAAAUGUAGCACCAAAAUGGAGAACCGUAAUUAUUUCAUUUGAGUAUCAUGGUAUAAAAUAUCACUCGUUUGCUGCCUUCCGAAUACUAUAAAUUCCAUUUUAUGGAAAUAUAUUGGGACUGUUUAAUAGCACAAGAUGAUCUGAAGUGUUGACCAAUUGUAUAAGUUAAUAAUACCACCUCAGGAAUUAGCUUGGCUUUUGGAAUAUGUGCCCCCAAAGAGUACAUGCAGUUCCACGUACUAUUUUACAGCUGAACAUACAUUGUUUAUAACGAUAAAUUGUUGAUUUAUGCUUUGUGGUUGUACAGUUUGUUCCCACGUAACCUGUUUGUGUUUAAUAUUUUACCAGAUUUCUUGUAUUUAUUCCACAUCAUUAUGCCUGUAAUGUGCAGCUUUGUAAUUAGGCAUUUGCCUACAGAAAAGAAAAAAAAGCAAACCACAUUUCUUUUUUUUUUUUUUCCCUUCAUAAUUAAUGAUUAUAAAGUAUGUAAAACCACUAGUACUGGUACAUUUUAAUACUUGUUAUUUUGUACUGAAUUAACCAUAGAGGUUGGUUGUGCAAUGUUAUUUAAUGUCGUAAUUACUGUAAUAUCAACAUAUGGGCCCCAUCCACACACACUUGUGAAGAAUAGAAAGUUCAUUAAGAAAUUGUCACUUUAAAAAAUAAAAAUUAAAAAAAAAAAA